AUGGCAAACAUUAAGAAUUUCCCAAUUCUUCAAAAUUCGAAGUUCAUAAAAAAUCAGUCUACGCUUCAUAGUAGUACAAAAAAUUCGCAUUUGAAGCACAGUGGACUUCAUCAGUUUCAGAAGCAUAGAGUGUCCCCUGAUUCUGGCUCGCAUAACAAUGCAAGCAUUAGGACUGAUGUGUCGUUGGAGAUCAGGGAGAGCUCCUUUGUGCGAGCUGCCGACAGGCCAUCAUCGAAUUUACUGGCAGAAAGACAAUGCAAAGAAACUGAACCAAAGACACGAUCUCUGCGUGGCAUUGCUAGGUUAAUACGUCUUGAAGGGUUGUCUUCCCUGUGGAGCAUACAUAAACAGAAAAAAAGGUUGUUUGAAAGCUAUAUGCUGAAUAAUACCGCAAUUAACAUUGAACCAACAAGACGGCUGUAUGAUUCCCAAUCUAGUAGGGGAAGCCCGAAGAAGCAGCAAGAAUUCAAGGACGUCUAUGAGGAUCUGGAAGCAUCAUCCUUUGUAAAUGGAUACUGUUCACCAAGACGGAGCUCAAGCUCAAUGCUUUCUAAAGACGUUAUGGCACUCAUUCAGCAGAAUCUUAAUUCCAAACGUCUUACCUAUGACGACACCAUCAGUGAGAAGUUUUAUGUCUCAGAACAUCUGGAUGGCUCCUUAGACAUGCUAGACUCAACAAUGCAAGUUGGUAGAAAAAAGAAUUCCUCUGGAAAUCUUGUCCAUGAUGAAUUGGGCACUUCUAGCAGUUCUCUUGGUAGCUCUACAACACUUUUGAACCCUCCAAAUUCUGUGAAGUAUAGAAAUGGAAAAUCAAGGAGAGCAGAUAGGGAUAUAACAGGUAAACACGGCACCAAUUAUUAUCCAAACGGAGAUGAUGAUCUGCUACUUGAUCCUCACUAUCAGCACAGAGCUCGUAGUACUGGCAAAAGGUCAGAUAUUAAAUCGAAGGAGAAGAAUAAGAAAAGAACCCCCCCAACACCAAUUGUGCUCCUAAAGCCUAACCCCGGAGAUAUGGAGGAUGAUAAUGGCUCAUCACCUUAUCAUUCACAAAAUUAUUUCCCCAACACUGCAGAAGUGACAGGACACCCUAGUGUUGUAAGUGUCAAAGAAUUGUCAUGGAGAAAGACAAAAGCAUUUUAUGAAGCAGAAUUUUCAGAUCAUGUUUCUGAAAAGGCCAGUACUAAAGAAUCUAGGAAAAUAGCUAAAAAAGUUACAAGGCGACUGAGAGAUGUUUUUGACAAGAAUGAGGCUGCAAUAAAGUCUGGGUUCAGAGGAUAUUCAUUACACGAGUGUAUAUUUGGUGCUAAAGAAAGUGAUACUGACAGUGGGUUGGAGAUGUUUAAAUGGUCGUCCAAAAGUUCCUUAGUUGAUGACAGUAAAAAGGAGAACCAUGCAUCUUCUAGGUCUUUAAAUAAGGAGGCCAAAGUGAGACUUGCAGAGAGGUGGAAGAUAACUCAUAAAUAUCGAGAUUUAGAAAUAGUUGGUGAGGGUAGCACACUAGGUGAAAUGCUUUCCGCACCUGAUGGAGAAAGAAGGUCCAGCAAAACUGCUUAUGGGCAUAAUGACAGAUCAAGCAAAACAUUGAUCGGUGACAAUGGAAGUUCCAUACAAAAUGGUAUUUCAGGUCCUAUAAGUGGCGGUGGUUCAAAGAAUAAAACUGAAAGAUCUAGAUCGAGAUCACUUCCACCAAUAGGUGGGAGCAUUCGUGGAAGUUGUACAUGGCAUAAUAUUCUGGAUAAUGAGAAAUGUUUAUCGCACAGAAAUCCCAUAAACUAUGGUACAAGUAAUGUGAUUAAGCAGUAUCCAAGUCACAAAGACGACUUCUCAUCUCAAUCAUCAAAAUUCAGUGGCGAGGAGCCUCUGCCCUGCCUGCCCAUCUCCAUUGAGGAGAGAGACUCUUCAAUAGAAGCUAGGUUAGAGAUCCAAAUGGAAGCAAAUGUAAAGGACUUACCUUACCAACAACUAACGUUUCAGAUCGAAGAAAAAGAUAAGUGCAGUGCUGGUGAUGUACCUGAGAUAAUGGCUGCUGAACAUGGAAUCACAACCCUAGUUUCCAAAACUUCUCUUUUGCAUCCAAGUGAAACUUCAGUGGAGAAUGAAAGCUCAAACCCUACUGCUCAUGGUCAAAAGGAAAUGCACCAAGAAGUUACUGAUGACCAUCUUGGAAUUGAGGCAGUUUCUUUGAAAAGCUCCAAAAAUGCUGAUUAUGCUAGUCCAGUUUCAAUCCUCAAGACUCCAUUUGUUUGGCAUGCAUCAUCUAGUUCAGAAAAUUCUGAGAGAGUCAGUGCUGAAGUCAACGAGCUCCGGAUGCAACUACACCUCCUGAAGAUGGAAUAUGAUGCUUAUGAUAAUACAUCGACUCAUACUCCCAUCGGGAAAUACUUUAUGAGAACUGAAGGCUGGGAGGCCUAUUAUACUCUCGAUGUGCUAACCCAAGCGGGCCUUCAAGAAUUUGGCUUUGAUUUGUUUAGGAUAAUAUGGCAUAUCCCAGAUUGCCCUCUGGACACCGGGUUGUUUGACAUCCUUGAGGAGAAAUACCACUACGAGGUGGCUGUGUCGAGACCAGAGAGGAUGUUGCUAUUCGACAGAAUCAACUCAGCACUCUCACAGAUUUUCCUGAAACACGUUGAUGUACAUCCCUGGGUGAUGUCAAAAUUAGCAGGAUCACUGCUGCUAACAAGGCGGAAGGAACGAGCCAGAAGCACUGUUGAGAAGCUGAUUAGCCAAGAAGAAUCUGCAAACGGGCUGCAGGGAGCCGAGAGAAAACUUGAUUGGGAGACGCACUGGCAAGAUCCCGUGGAAGAAAUUUCCUUAACAGGUAAUGAGAUUGGGGAUCUAUUGAUCGAUGACUUGUUAAGCGAGUUUCUAUUCGACUAAUAUGAUGGUUUAGUGCAGAAUGAAUUGGUCUGUCUGUUACAGUUUCUAUAUUUCAACUCUUGAUGACUAAUGUCUAGUGAGUGAAUGAAACUAUAUUUUUGGAACUAAUUAAGACUUCUAUGUUGUUUGCGGCUUCAUUGGAUGUGAAAGAAAGCAUUGUCCUCUUAA